AUGUUCCGAGCACAGGCGACAACGCCGUACGAUACGGCCAUCGCCAAGGCGACGGAUGAGAAUCUGACCUCGGAAGACUGGGGUGCCAUCAUGGAGGUUUGCGACCGAGUGGCCGGUGAUGACAACGGAGCAAAGGAGGCUGUUCAGGCCCUGAUAAGACGACUUGCACACCGAAAUGCCAAUGUGCAGCUGUAUACCCUAGAGGUCGCCAACGCCCUCAGCCAAAACUGCGGCAAGCCCAUGCACCGUGAGCUGGCGUCGCGCGCCUUCACCGAGGCGCUGCUCAAGCUCGCCAACGAACGCAACACGCACAACCAGGUCAAGGCCAAGAUACUGGAGCGCACCAAGGAGUGGUCCGACAUGUUCAAGGACGACGCCGACCUCGGCAUCAUGUAUGACGCCUACUAUAGGCUGAAGCAGACGAACCCCCAACUGCAGCCACCCUCUGCGCCGCAGAAGAACUCGCUCACCGACAUAGACCGCCAGAAAGAGGAGGAAGAACUGCAAAUAGCCCUCAAGCUGUCGCUGCAAGAGGAGGAGCGCAAGAAACAGCAGACUCCAGCUGGGCCCUCAGGAGCUGCCGUCCCAUCAUCCUCGUCGGCUGCGGAGCAGGGCGGGACACCAAGCGGCCAGGGUGCCAAUGCAGGUGCAGGCGCUGGGGCUGCUGCGGUGCCGCUACAGCCGACUGGCACAGGGACCACGGCAGCGACCGUCUCAAGGGUGAGGGCGCUGUACGACUUUGUACCGUCGGAAGACGGCGAGCUAGAGUUCAAAAAGGGCGAUGUCAUUGCGGUCCUCGAGUCUGUAUACAAGGAUUGGUGGCGCGGUUCGCUCAAGGGCAAGACGGGUAUAUUUCCCCUUAAUUACGUCGAGAAGCUGGCGGACCCGACGCCAGACGAACUGCAGCGGGAGGCGCAAAUGGAGGCCGAGGUCUUUUCCGAGAUCAAGAACGUCGAGAAGCUACUGACGCUCCUGAGCACAUCCUCCAAGGACGAGGACAGUGAGGAAAUUGCCAAGCUGUACCAGCAGACGUCGGCGAUCCGUCCCAAACUGAUCAAACUUAUAGAGAAGUAUUCUCAGAAGAAAGACGAUUUCACGCAACUCAAUGAGAAAUUCAUCAAAGCACGGCGGGAUUAUGAGGCGCUUUUAGAAACCUCAAUGUCACACCCGCCUCAGCCUAGCUACCACCAAUAUGCAGUCCGUCCUCAAGGAUACGGUGGAAACCAGGCGCCUUACCCUCCCCAAGGUCCGCCACAGCAAGACCCACAGAGAUUUUAUCCUCCAGGUCCUCACCCAGACCAGUAUCCCCCUUCUUCACCUUCACCGCACCUGCAGCGUCCGGGUGGAACCCCUGGCCCCGGAGGCACUCAAGCACCAUUCUAUGUAGUAGGUGCUGAGGUUCCGUCGCAGGGUGGUGCGCACCCCAACCAGAACUUUCCUCCAAGGGAUCAAGGCCAACGCAUCCCCUCGGCAGGGAAGCAGCCAGCGCGUCUUCAAACUCAGCAGCCAUCCUCCCCGCCACCUACAAGCGCUCCUUAUGCGGCAUACUCGCAGCCACCAGCCCAACAAGGAUCCUAUGGCAACCCUCAAGAGCUUUCGACUUCGGCAUACGAUUCCCCAGUAGCCUCGCACCCCCACCCUAACCCCCUGGGCUCCAACGCCCCCUUCGCCCCGUCAGCUUACUCAACGGAAGAGCGCUACGGUACACCGUCAGCCGCUCCUGCUCCUCUGAACCAUGCAGGUGGCCAACAGCAGCCGUAUCAGUAUAACAGCUACCAGAACCAACCUCCUUCGCAACCGGCCAACUCGCAACCGCAGCAAGGGGGCAUGUAUUCGGGCCAGGGCUACAAUGACUCUUCGGACGCCAUCAGCACUGCCCCGCCACAGCCCACCUCCGCUGCACCGCCGCCCCCGGUUCCGGGCUCUCAGCGAGUCCACUCCCCAGUCUAUGGUGGUCCGCCAGGAGCAGCUGACUCGCGUUUCUCGUUGCCCAGCCGCAUGGCACCGGGUGCGCCUUCGGCACCGCCAGGCCCGCGGCCCAGCUCCCCCGGUGAGCAGCCGCAGUAUAAGGCAUACGUGCCACCUGGAUCAUCGGGGCCGAGCGCGCCAAGUGCGCCGAGUGUCCCUGCUGAUUAUUACAGGCAACCUGGAGGUAGCGCGAACUACUAG